AUGAAAGAGAUACUAAAAAAGCUAGGUGGGAUUGAAACUAAGAUCUCGGAGAAAUGUGGGAAAGUGAGUAAGAGAGUGGACGAGCUAAAGGAGGAAGGUAGAAAGGAAAGAGCAGAACUCAGAAAAAUGUGGGAGGAAGAUAAGAAAAGAAUGAAUGAGAGAAUGGAUGGUAUGGAGAGUAGAUUAGAGAAACUAGAGAUGGCUGUAAGUAGGCGAGGAAAUGGGGAAGGAGAUACAAUGGAGUUAACGGAGGGGCGAAUGGAUGAAGAUGCGGAGAGAAAGUUGAGAAAAAUGGAGUUGGAAAUUGAAAAAAGGGAAAGAGAGGUUAGGAGAAAGAAUGUCAUAUUGAAGGGGAUAGACAUGAAGCCAGGGGUAGACUGGCAGUCGGAGGUAGAGAAAGUGUGGGAGAGAAUGGAAAUAGUAGGAGGUAGAAAAAAUAUGAGAAAAAUUGGCAAUUUGGACAAGGAAGGUAGGGGAUUGUUGCUUAUUGAACUCGAGGGGAAUGACAAGAAGAAGGAGGUGAUGAUGGUCAAGAAUGAUGACCUGACCUAUGAAGAAAGGAGAGUGAGAAAGUUAGUCUUGGAAGAAGCAGCAAAAGAGAGGGCGCUGGGUAAGAAUGUAAAGGUAGAAGGUGGGAUAUAUGAAGCUCUGGGUUAA